CCCGUGACAGAGCCGUCAUCAUGAACUCCAGCGAGUUCCGAAGGAGAGGCAGGGAGAUGGUGGAGUACGUGGCUGACUACCUGGAAGACAUCGAGAAGCGCCAGGUCUACCCCAGCGUGGAGCCUGGCUACCUGCGCCCGCUGAUGCCCAGCUGCGCCCCCCAGGAGCCAGACGCGUACGAGGAUAUUAUGAAGGACGUCGAGAAGAUAAUCAUGCCAGGGGUGACGCACUGGCACAGCCCGAACUUCUUCGCCUACUUUCCCACGGCCAGCUCGUACCCGGCCAUGCUCGCGGACAUGCUGUGCGGGGCCAUCGGCUGCAUCGGCUUCUCCUGGGCCGCCAGCCCAGCGUGCACGGAGCUGGAGAUGGUGAUGAUGGACUGGCUGGGCAAGAUGCUGCAGCUGCCGGAGGCCUUCCUGAUGGAGAAAGGUGGCGAAGGGGGCGGGGUGAUCCAGGGCAGCGCCAGUGAAAGCACCCUGAUCGCUCUGCUGGCCGCCCGGACCAAAGCGGUACGCCGCCUGCAGGCCGCCUCCCCGGAGAUGACGGAAGCCGCCAUCCACGACAAGCUGGUGGCCUACUGCUCGGAUCAAGCCCACUCCUCCGUGGAAAGAGCCAGCUUGGUUGGUGGAGUGAGAUUAAAAACCAUCCCUUCAGAUGACAAGUUUGCCAUGACUGCUUCUGCCCUGCAGGAGGCCCUGGGGAAGGACAAGGCCGCUGGCCUGAUUCCUUUCUUUGUGGUAGUGACCCUGGGGACCACACCCUGCUGCUCCUUUGAUAGACUUUCGGAAGUGGGGCCCCUGUGUAACAAGGAGGACUUGUGGCUGCACAUCGACGCCGCCUACGCAGGCAGCGCCUUCAUCUGCCCCGAGUUCCGGCACCUUCUGAACGGAGUGGAGUUUGCAGACUCCUUUAAUUUUAAUCCCCACAAGUGGCUCUUGGUGAAUUUCGACUGCUCUGCCAUGUGGGUGAAGAGUAAGACAGACCUGAUGGGCACCUUUAAGCUGGACCCGGUCUACCUGAAGCACAGCCAUCAGGACUCAGGGCUCAUCACUGACUACAGGCAUUGGCAGCUACCGCUGGGCCGCAGAUUCCGCUCCUUGAAACUGUGGUUCGUUUUCAGGAUGUACGGGGUCACGGGGCUGCAGGUCCACAUCCGCAAGCACGUGGGGCUGGCCCGCGAGUUGGAGUCUGCGGUGCGGCGGGACCCGCGCUUCGAGAUCUGCGCGGAGGUGGUCCUCGGGCUGGUCUGCUUCCGGCUGAAGGGUUCCAACAAGCUGAACGAAGCCCUCCUGGAAAAGAUAAACACCACCAAAAAAAUCCACCUGGUUCCGUGUCACCUCCGAGACCAGUUCGUGCUGCGCUUCGCCAUCUGCUCUCGCAUGGUGGAAUCCAGCCACGUGCACCGGGCCUGGGAGCACAUCAGAGGCCUGGCCACGGACCUGCUGCGGGCAGAGGCGGAGCCGAAGGCGGCGGCUGCAGAGAUCAAAAAUUGAAAAGAAGUAUAUCUGAAAACUGGAAUGAGAGGAAAAUAAACAUCAUCCUGGUUCCAUGGAGCCGAGCCUGCGUGAGGCUUCACGUUUCUCUCUGCCGUUAUCCAGAAGCUUGUGACUAUAUCUGUUCAGUCUCUCGUCAGUGAAGAAAUAAUAUCUGCUAUAUAAAAAGUUAACCCCAGUAGAUCUAGCUUUUAUUCAUUAAUUGCCUAUGAAUUUUUGUUUAAAGAAUCAUAGGUUUUUGGUUCCUGAGGGUGUCAGUGGUGGGAAAGGCUUAUUGAAAUAUUUUCCAGGGCAGUCUAUGAUUAUGGCACUUGAGAUUACACCUGUGGUCUUUAAAUUGCUCUGUCAUGUGACUCAGUGCUUAAUAAACCAUUUGAAGUGCAA